UGCAUUAAACCCCACAAAGAAUAAGACGAAGAAGAAGAAGCAGGAGGGCGUUCCGCUGAAGAGCAUACAAAUACAGUAUGGUGAAUUAUGCAGGUGUACGUGCUUCACAUUUAGAUGCUGUCAAAGCUCAGGUUAUUGUCUAAAGAGUUUGUUUACAUCCCGGAGCCGCGGCCUUCCUUGAUGUUAGCCUUCCUGGUGUCACCACUGGCGGGGGAAAGGCGACAGAGGAGGCCAGGCUCGCAGACAUGGAGGCUAGCCGUCUUUGCAGAGGGAGCGAGCUGUAGGACGUGGUGAUUUCUACGGGGGUGUUGGCACUCCUAGAAUGGACCCUGCAAACACUGGGGGGGAUAUGUCACCUUUGUACGUGCCAAGAAAGAGAAAAUCCAUCCAGUCGCAACCUAAAGGUGGAGUGCCAUGUCCAGUUGUUCAGCGAUUACCAGAAAGAACGUGCGACUUAAACUCAGUUGGAUAUCCCAAGAAUGACGAGUCUGAAGCCCAACAUGGUCUAAAGAUGAAGAGAACUUAUGGCAGAAAAAGGUACGAGGACCUCCAGAGUGUUUCCAUAGGAGCAGUGGAUUACCCAACCACCAGCUGCUCAGUGAUGUCAUCGGGUGGCCUGGCCAAUGGGGCGGACCCAGGGUCCAUGGCCCCGCCCACUGCAAGGCUGCCACCAAGGCUGGGGGCGAAGGAUGUGUGGCCUCAAGGCCCCGAGACGGGCAGGGAGCAGCCCCAGCCUCAGGACCACAGCUGGAACUCCAGCAGGGACAGAGGCCCCGACGCCUGGGCCCCCGGUAGAGACCGCCCGCAGGAGCAGGUCUGGAACUCUGGCAGAGACCGAGCGGGACACUCGAGUCAAGACCAGACAUGGAUUCCAGGCAGGGACAGGGCCCACACCGGACCGGACCAGGCCUGGAUGACGGGCCGGGACCGAGGUCCAGAGCAGGGCUGGGCGGCCGACAGAGACCGAGGCCAGGAUCAGGCCUGGAACGCAGGCAGGGAUCCGGGAAGAGACCGGGCCUCCUCAGGGCCAGAGCAGGCGUGGGGAACUGGCCGAGGCCAAGACCAAGGCUGGAGCAACACCAGCAGAGACAGAGAACAUGUCUGGAGACCUGACUUGAACAUGAAGAAAGUCCAGAGAGUGGAGAUGGAGCGAAGCCCGCCAGUUAAUAACUUCACACAGCCACCAGAGGGCAGAGACUCUUGUUCAGAUGCAGCCAGUGUUGGGGAGGCUUCGACGGCCCCACCCAGCGAGGAGCAGAAACCCCUCGUCCCCUCCACCAAGAAGGAGCCUCCUACCUACCCUCCGGGAAGUCAAGAGGAGCGUUGGCAGCUCCAGAUUGUGGCCAAAGGCAGAGUCACCUGUCCAAAAUGUAAAAGUGUGAGCAGGAAGACUGUGGACGGGCUGAAGAAGCACAUGGAGAACUGCAGACUGCAACCGUUCACCUGUCAACACUGUGGGAAACAGCUAAAGUCUUCAACGGGGAUGAAGUACCACAUCAUGGCUGACCACAGCCACCUGCCCUCCGCAGACGAUGCCAAGGACCUGGAUGACCGUGCCAUCAAAGACAAACUGCGCAAAAUCCUAAAGAGACUGGGCAAAUUAAAAUGCUCUAAAGAGGGCUGUAAUGCUGCCUUCACCAGCAUCAUGGGCUAUGUGUACCACAUGAAGAAAUGUGGAAAAGAGGAGUCUGAGCUGGAGAAGAUGCUGCUCAAUUGCUCUCACUGCGGGAAGACCUACAAGUCCAAGGCUGGUCUGGAGUACCACCUGAAAUCCGAGCACGCUCCUACGCCCCAGAAGAGCGAGGAAGACGAGGCUCUGAAGGCCCACAGGGAGGCCAACCCAGAGAGGACGGCCAGCGGCAGGGUGCAGCGGGCAUCGGCCCAGGUGGCAAACUUCCACUUGGCUGAGAUCGCCAACAACGAGCUGCCCAAAGACUGGCCCAAGAGGAAGUUUCAGUCGGACCUGGUGCCAGAUGACAAAAAGUUGAAAUACGCCCGGCCAGGCCUGCCUGCCUUCAGCCAAGAGGUGCUGCGGAAAUGGAAGAAUGAGGUGAAGCUGCAGAGGAAAGUCCAUUGUCCCAACCAGGGUUGUGGCUCCACCUACACCAGUGUGUCCGGACUGAAAGCCCAUCUGGGACUCUGCACGAGGGGCGACUUUGAGGCUGGUAAAUACCGAUGUCUGAUCUGCAACAAAGAGUUCAACUCUGAAAGUGGAGUGAAAUACCACAUCAACUCUGUCCAUUCGCAGGACUGGUUUGUGACCAACAAAAAGGCCUCCAAGAAAUUUGAGAAGUUCCUCAAAAGCCAGCCCAAAGAGUCUGUCCAUGAUGUGGACAAGCAGCUUGUCGAUCACUACCAGCAUCACCAUCAUCAUCAUCUCCAUCACCUCCAGCAUCCUCAUCCUCAUCAUCAUCAUCAUCAGCAGCAGCAUCACCACCACCACCACCAUCACCACCAUCAGCAGCAGCAGCAGCAGCAUCAGCAUCACCAGCUCCAGCACCAACCCAUGCAGCACCCUCUGCAGCCACUGCAUCACCUCCAGCACCAGGCGCAGCUUCUCCACCCAGAGCACCAGAACCUCCAUCCGCCGGUGGACACCCAGCUCCAGCAGCCCAUGCUGCACUACACCCCUUUGGAGCCUCCACCCGGACCCAUGUGGGUGGACAUGGACCAGGGGGGUGGAGCCGUGCCGGACCCAGAGCAGGCCCCGGUGGAGACGGACAAACCCGGAGAGGACAGCGGCGGGAUGGUGGAGGGGAAAAGGAGAGAGAAGGGGGAGAGGGGGAAGGCUGACGGGAAGCGGAAGGAUUGCUUUGCUUUUGGCGGUGGCGGUGGCGGUGGCGGUGGCGGCGUUGGCAGCAGCAGCAAUACGGGCAGCUCAUCCAGCGAAUCAGAGGUGGAGCAGCAGGACAGGCAGAGACAGAUCGACCAGUGGAAUCUGAAACGGCCAGACAUCAUGGAGCCCCACCCUGAGGCUGGAGAGGAGCAAAGGAACGCUUAAAAAUACACCUAAAUCCACACCUGAAAUGCACACUUACACUCGUCGUAGCCAGAGCCGAGUUUAACAGAGGCAGAAAACGAUACGGUCGAGCGUCCGUCCCUAUUUCAUUAGCUGUGACGACGCGACGUAGAAGAAAACAAACCGCUUUCCACAAGACGCGACAGGUGAGGGGGCAGCUGGCGACUACACGACCUACGAUCUGUAACUUUUAAAAGUUUGAGAAGAUGACGAUGGAAACCUUCAGAAGACCCUCGCUGAGUCAGCAUGGAUACGAGUCUGGUUUAGAGGCCGUUUCUGUCUCGGAACGGUAGUCGUCGUAUAGCCUUGAGAAAUGUAGUAUACCAGUUAUCUGUGUGUUGAUUCUUUUCACCAACCCUUUAAAUGUGUCUUAUUCUUUCAAAGCCAGUUUGAUAAACCCCUUUCCUGUUUUUUCAUGAUUACCUUAAAGGGAAAUAGUUACUUUAACCUUAAGAGAGGCUGCUACAGUAUAGUAUUUUAUUAGACCAGUCUAGUCGCUCUCUUUCUCGCUGAAAAGAUUUUGUGCCUCUUGAGUAUGAUCUGUGUCACUUCAUACUACUCGUCAUCACUUUAACUUACAACCGAUCGGCCUCUUCUGGGAUUCUCCUUACCCUGUCCCUCCCCAUGCCGUGUUUUCAUCAGCGAGAUUUUGACUAUGUUUAUUUUUUCCGACAGCGAAUACAACUCGGCUCAUGACCGGCAUCGCGUUGCCGUUCGUAAGCCGAGUCUGCUGGCAGCUUGAGGUGACAUCUGUGUAGUGGUCCAGUGCAGUUAAGAGUUUAAACAAAGCAAAUCACAUAUGAAAGAGCAAAUGAAGCAAAUCCAUGGCAAACAAUUUUAUUUAUUUUUUUUAAGUUUACAUUACGUACAUUAAAUGUAUAAAGGUGCUCUAAGCGAUGUUGGGUGACGUCACUUCUU